AUGGACCACCAAUUCAAGGAAACUUCACUUCAGUUUGGUGUUUUCCUCAUGAAUUUAACAACCAACACUCGAAUUUGGAACGCUUUGCACAACGAGGCCGCCAAUUCCACCCUAAUCAAGAGUGUGCUUCAGGAAAAUACUCUGACAACAGAACAAUGCGUUUGUGAAAGUGGUGCUCAUGGUUCUGACCGUGUUACGAAUAUAAUCCGUUCCGCUAAAUUGAACUCUUCACAAGAAGCUGCAAUCUUGAGCUGCCUUAAGAUAAGGAACUGUAAUCACAAGCACAGUGUGAAGCUGAUAUGGGGACCUCCUGGUACUGGCAAAACAAAGACGGUCGCUACUCUUCUCUUUUGCCUUCUUAAGCUAAGCUGCAAAACAGUUGUUUGUGCUCCUACAAACACAGCUAUCGUAGAAGUAACAUCGAGGCUCUUAUCCUUAUUUAAAACUUCUUCAUCAGAACAUUCUACUUAUGGGCUAGGUAAUAUUGUUCUCUCUGGAAACCAGGCUCGAAUGGGGAUUAAAGAGAAUGAUGUUCUUCUCGAUGUGUUUCUUGAUGAGCGCAUUGGAAUACUCACAAGCCUGUUUUCACCUACUUCUGGAUGGAAGCAGAGAUUAGAGUCACUAAUCGACUUUCUUGAGAACACAGAGGCCAAGUACGAGCAUUACGUCCACUUAUUGAAAGAAGUUGAAAGGAUGAGUGAAGAAGCUGAAAAAAAGAAGAAAGGAGCUGAUAAGAAGCCGAAAGCAAUAAAGAUUCUUACAUUUGGAGAGUUUGUAAAGAAGACUUUUGAUGGCUUCAGUGAAGAGUUGGAGAAAGGUAUGGUUGAUUUAUGGACUCAUCUUCCAAAGUCUUUCAUUACGUCUGAAAAUGUGAAGAGUAUGGUCACAGCUCGUAAAGCUCUUCAGCGCGUAAGAUAUUUCUUGAAAGAGAAUUUUUCUAGAGAUGAUUUUAAAAAGGGAAGUUUGAAAUUUGAUUGCUUCAACGGAGUCAGUGCUUAUUGCCUUCAGAUUCUACGUUUACUUCCUGAACGUUUUGAGGUUUCAGACAUGCUGGAAAACAAUGAUACAAAAACAUUUUGUCUACAGAAUGCGGACAUAAUAUUCUGUACAGCCUCAGGUGCUGCGGAUAUGAAUCCGAUAAGGACAGGAUCGGUCGACCUUCUUGUGGUUGAUGAGGCGGCUCAGCUUAAAGAAUGUGAAUCAGUGGCUGCUUUGCAACUUUCUGGACUUCGUCAUGCUGUUCUAAUAGGAGAUGAGCUUCAACUGCCUGCAAUGGUUCAUAACGAGGCGAAAUUCGGAAGAAGCUUGUUCGAGAGAUUGGUUCUGCUUGGUCACAACAAGCAUUUGCUUAAUGUUCAAUAUCGAAUGCAUCCUUCGAUUAGUCGUUUCCCUAAUAAAGAGUUCUAUGGUGGGAGAAUCAAAGAUGCUGCUAAUGUUCAAGAAAGUAUUUAUCAAAAGAGGUUUCUUCAAGGAAACAUGUUUGGUUCCUUCUCUUUUAUCAAUGUUGGACGUGGAGAAGAAGAGUUUGGUGAUGGACAUAGUCCCAAAAACAUGGUUGAAGUUGCUGUCAUUUCCGAAAUUAUAUCCAAUCUUUUCAAAGUUUCAAGUGAAAGAAGAAUAAAGAUGAGCGUUGGAGUGGUUUCACCAUAUAAAGGUCAGGUCAGAGCAAUCCAAGAGAGAACCACAAAUAAGUACAGCUCCUUAUCAGGUCUUUUCACUUUGAAUGUUCGGUCAGUAGAUGGGUUUCAAGGUGGUGAAGAAGACAUUAUCAUCAUCUCUACCGUUAGAAGUAAUGGUAACGGGAAAGUGGGAUUUCUUAACAACCGUCAAAGAGCUAACGUGGCACUGACUCGAGCAAGACACUGUUUAUGGGUGAUUGGUAACGAGACAACUUUGGCUCUAAGUGGUUCGAGUUGGGCAAAACUGAUAAGUGAGUCUAGGACACUUGGAUGUUUCUACGAUGCUGCUGAUGAGAAGAAUCUAAGAGAUGCCAUGAAUGAGGCUUUGCUCGAGGAUGUAUCUACGAGUUUUGGUUCUCUUUCUAUUAGGAAUGGCUAUGGGAAAAGAAAUGCUUGGUAG